UAAAUCGCAAAUAAUAUUAGUGACCGUUUGAACGUUUGCUAUUGCAAAUUCCCAUAAAAUAUUUACGUUUGUAAGGAUGCUUCCAGCAAAAAAUUUUCAAGAAAAAAAAAACACUUUUCGAAAUGAUGCUUCUGAGCGUUCGACUUCUGGGGUCAAUAACAAAAUUAAACCAACUCCUGAUGCUGUCAGUCAAAAUUCUUCUUUCAUUCCUAUGGGUGUGUUUUCAAAUCAAGAAUUAUUUGAGGUUGACGCAAUGACGAAUCCAAGAAAAAAAAGAAAGAAGUAUAUGAUUAAUCAGACGGAAUGGAGGGCUCCCUAUGACGAAGAAGUUCCAUGGUUAAUAAAAGAUAAUGUUCGAAAAUAUAAGAGUGCGAUUCAAAGAUUACAUUAUGAAAUUGAGGAAUUUGUAGCGUAUCUCUGCCCAACUGAUAUUGAACGCAUGUGGCGAGUUUUUGCAAUAAGGCGUAUCGAAGAGUGUAUUAAGUCUUCUUAUCCGGAUGCCGAAAUUAUGGUUUUUGGGAGUUUUAAUACAGGGCUUUAUCUUCCAACUAGUGAUCUUGACAUUGUAUGUUUUAUAAGAGAGAAUUCACAGGAUAUUCUCAAGCAAAUUGCGCAAUUGUUGUAUUACCAUCGUAUUAGUGAAGAAAGACCUAUAACAUUAACAAAAGCUGUAGUUCCUAUCAUCAAAUUUCGUGAAUGUCAUACAAAAUUUAAUGUGGAUAUUUCAUUUAAUCAAUCAUCCGGUUAUACUUCAUCUCGAGCAAUGAAAAGUUAUUUAGAUCAAUGGCCUUCUCUUGGUAAUAUGGUAAUAAUUGUAAAAUGGUUCUUGAAACAUCAUGGACUUGAUGAUCCUUCUAAUGGAGGAAUGGGUGGAUUCACGGUUUUUUGUAUGAUGCUUAGCUUUUUUCAAACUCAUCCUCUUAUUCGAAGUGGAAUUUUAAUACCAGAUAAUGAAAAUUUAGGUGUACUGCUUAUAGAGUUCUUCGAAUUGUACGGAUUAAAAUUUAACUUUUUUAAGGUUGCCAUUCGAGUUAAUGAUGGUGGUGAAUAUGUUUUAAAAGAUAAGGAAAGUUGGACUACAAAGAUUCCACGUACAAAUAUAUGCAUACAAGAUCCUUCAGAUUCCGAUAAUGAUAUAGCAAGAUCUACAAGAAAUACGGAAAUUAUUUUUUCCCAUUUUGAAAAAGCAUUUCAACGUCUUGUAGUACGAGUUGGUAGUUUAGAACGUAAAUAUCGUAUUCAAGACAAUGAAAUGGAUUCAAAAAUAAAUGAGGAGUCGAUAUUAUCAUCGAUUUUAUUCAUGCCACGAAAGAUUAUAGAAUUACGUCGCGAACUUCAUCGCUUAUAUGCUGAAAAUCAGGAGUUUGCAGAUGAGUAUGGAUCCACAAAAAUAAUCCCUCCCAGAUUUUCGUACAUACUAUACAAUUUCCACUAUCAAAUUGAAUAUGCAGAUAGACUUAGAAUUGAGAAAGCAAGCAAACUAAGUAAUAAAAAUGGAACAUAUAAAAUUAAGCCUAUAAAAACAAGAAAAGAGUAUCUAGAUAUGGCUUCUAAAUGUAAAGAUGAAGUGGAUACUUACAGAGAAUUCCCUUGUGAAAGAUCUAAUUUUUUACCAGCUACUUACGGCGAUUCAUAUAAAAAAAUUUUUUAUUCCGAAGUAGAACAUGAACAUAAUAUUAAAAUUAAAAACAGGAAUAAAAAUAGGUUUUUUGUAGCUGAAUCAUCAAAAGGUGAAUCAUCAUCGAGUAGAUAUAAGCGUAGAUUUGAAGAAUCGAGAUAUGAACGACAUAAAUUUGAUGAAAUUGUUUAUUAUGAACAUGACUCAGAAGAGUACGAAGAUGAUUAUGUUAUACAACCUACCCCAAAAAGAAGAAAAGGAAAUAGGAACAAGAAUAAGAAUAAGAAAUAUAUUUCUUAGGGUAUUUUCCCUUAUUUCAUCAUUACUUCCGGGUUAUGUUAAUACGUUAAUAGAAAGUUUAGAAUUUUAGCUUUAGAUUAGCCUGUAAUAAGAAAAAAUAAUAAAUGCUAAUUUAGUUAGAGACGUUAUUGAAGUGUUAUAUUUAUUAUACAGUAAUAUUGAUGCUUUUAUUAUUGAAGUUUUAUCGGGUUUUUUAAUAACAGGCAAGUUCAAAAA